AUGCUGCGGCUUCCCAGGGGAGUGUCCCCCGCCCCGGGGAGGGGGGGCACCGCCCUCCCGCCCCCCCCUCCCCACCACCACCCGAAGAAGGUCAUGUCGGUGAUGGGCUCUGUGGAGCGGGGGGCUUCCAGCCUGGGCAGCCCCCCGUUAUCCACCGGCUCCUUCACCCAGGUCUACACGCCGGCGGCUGUCAGCGUCCCCGCUGCCCUGGGGGGGUGUCUUUAUGCCACCCCCCAGGGUCCCCAGCUCAGGACCCUCCGCUCGGCCUCGGCGGGACGGCUGCAGGCCAAGAGGAAGCUGGACCUGGAAGGCCCCGAAUUUCGCACGCCCAAGGGGAAGGGCAGGACGCUGGCGCAGGUCCCCAGCCCCAGGACCCCCAAGUCUCCUGGGGAGAAGACCCGCUACGACACCUCGCUGGGGUUGCUUACCAAAAAAUUCAUCCGUUUGCUGAAUGAGUCAUCCGACGGCGUGGUGGAUCUCAACCGGGCGGCCGAGGUGCUGGAGGUCCAGAAACGACGCAUCUACGACAUCACCAACGUGCUGGAGGGCAUCCAGCUCAUCCGCAAGAAGUCCAAGAACCACAUCCAGUGGAUGGGGACGGGGAUCUUUGAGGACGCGGCGGUGACGGAGAAGGAGCAGGCGCUGCGGGGGGAGGUGGCCGAGCUGGCCAGGAUGGAGGGGACGCUGGACCAGGUCCUGCAGGACUGUGCCUUGCAGUUCCACCAGCUGACCGACGACGAAGCCAACCAGAGGCUGGCCUAUGUCACCUACCAGGACCUCUGUGCCAUCAGCAGCUUCCAGGAGCAGACGGUGAUCGCCGUGAAGGCUCCUCCGGAGACGCAGCUGGAGGUGCCGGACUUCAGCGAGGACAACCUCCAGCUCCACCUGAAGAGCACCAACGGCCCCAUCGAGGUGUACCUCUGCCCGGAGGAGAUCACGGAGGAGAGCCCCACCAAGGACCACGACGUCCCCCCCGCUGCCACCUCCCCACGGGACCACGCCGUACCCCCUUCCCUGCCACACAGCCCCGGGACAGCCCCUCAGCCGCCCCACACCGCCCCGCAGAGCUGGGGGGGCACAGGAUCCCCCUCCUCACCAUCAUCUCUGCCUCUCGCUGUCCAAGGGGGGCCCAGUUCCUUGCUGGAGGUGGAAGCCGGUCUCCUGGGCUCGCCCCCACACCUCUUGCAGCAGACGGAGGACCAGCUGCCCUGCACCCCCUCCCACCUGGACUCAGGACCCUUCGUCACCUUCUCGCCCCCCCUGGAACAGGACGACUAUCUCUGGGGGCUGGAGGGCGAGGGCAUCAGUGACCUCUUCGAGGCGUACGACCUGGGGGACCUGCUGAAGCACUGAGCAACCCCCCCGCCCCCCACCUUGCCAUUGUCCCCUCCGGUCAUUUGUGUCCUGAGCGCGUGGGGUCUCUGCGGGGCGGCCGGAGAGCGUGGGGUGGGUUGGGGGGGUGCUGGUUUUUUUGCAGGUGGUGGGGGAGGGCUUGCGUUGUCCACCCUGGGUGGCUUCUCCUCGCUCUCCUGGGUUGGUUGUCACCUGAGGGCUGUGGUUGUCACCUCGCUGGGCUCCGGGAGCGCCCUGGGGUGGUGUAAACCCCUGGGAAGGAUCCGGCCAGGUCCCAUCCCAGCUCCCCGCCAUAACCCCCCAUGGCACUGGGGGUGGGUUAGGGGCACCCCUGGGUGGCAGAGAAACCCCUGCCCGGACUGGGACAUGUCGGGGGGGGUGGUGGUGGCAUGUUUUGGGACCACUCCCAGUUGCUCCCAGUUAGACUGGUUCUUCAGGGUCAUGACGGGUUGUUUCCAGCGGUGUUUCCCGCGCCCCGCAGCUGCGGCUGGCAUCCAAAAUCAGCGGCUCCGGCAAAUCCCUGUCCAGGACACGGAGAUGUAUUUCUUGGGGGGCUGCAGCCCCUCUCCUCCAGUCUGUACCAGCUCCCUCCAGCCUCUCGGAGCUAUCGGUACUGGGGAGGGGGGGUAAUGAAACUGGAGUGUACUGGGAGGAGGGAUGCUAUCAACUGGUGGCUGGAGCAUCACCUGUGGAGAGGGGCUUGGGAAGCAGCGCGGGACGAGCCCCUGGACACGGGGCUGGACGCGGCUUUUAAUUGUGCCAUUGCAAAAUAGAUGUAAUUAUUGCACUGUAUUUAUACGGGAUCCCCCUUUUCGGCACGGCGCUGGCGAGGGGCGGGUUGGUAUUUUGAUUUUUA